AUCUCUAAGGCCAAGGAUUUGUGAAGUCCUUGUAAGGAUAUUUUUAAAUUUUAAGGUCCUGUAGGCUGUUGCCUGGCAGAUAGCUUUGAAAUACCACAGAAGACUGCAUGAGUUGGAUCUGAAAGAGGAGACUGGAUCAGAACGUGUGUGACUUAAGAAGUCCGGCCUCUCACUGAGUUGGUCACAGAAGCUCUUUGACUGAUCAGCAGAAGUCAGAGAUUUCCACCUGCCCAUUCUAAGAUGGUGACUGCCAAGGCUUGGGCUCUAAAGAAGCAUUUUGAAGGUUUCCCCAAAACCAGCGAUUUUGACCUGAAAAAGAUAGAACUGCCUAAACUAGUGGAUGGAGAGGUGCUGCUUGAAUCAGUGUUUCUCAGUGUUGAUCCUUACAUGAGACUUUACAGUGAAAAGGACAUGAAGGAAGGGGACAUAAUGAUAGGUUCCCAGGUUGCCAGGAUUAUAGAAAGCAAGAAUCCUGCUUUUGCCGUGGGAGCCUUUGUUGUGGCUAAUAGUGGCUGGAGAACUCAUUUCAUCUCCAAUGGGAAAAAUCUACGUUCUCUUCCUUCUGGCUGGCCGGAAUCACUCCCCAGAUCUCUAGCUCUUGGGACAGUUGGCAUGCCUGGCAUCACUGCAUAUUUUGGUCUGUUGGAGGUCUGCAAGAUGAAGCCGGGAGAGACGGUGCUUGUUAAUGCUGCAGCUGGGGCUGUGGGCUCUGUGGUGGGGCAACUCGCUAAAAUUGGGGGUUGCAAAGUGGUCGGCUGUGCUGGCUCAGAUGAAAAGAUUGCUUAUCUGAAAAAAAUCGGCUUUGAUGAAGUCUUUAAUUACAAGACUGUUACAUCUUUGGAAGAAGCACUGCGUAAAGCCUCUCCUGAUGGCUAUGACUGUUUCUUUGAUAAUGUGGGUGGGGAAUUUGCCAGUGUUGCCAUUCACCAAAUGAAGAAAUAUGGAAGGAUUGCAGUUUGUGGAGCUAUCUCUCUGUACAAUGACAAAGUGCCUCAGAAAGGACCUUAUGUUGAGGUGCCAAUGAUCCUCAAAGAGCUUCAGGUGGAAGGGUUUAUUGUUUAUCGCUGGAAUAACCGCUGGGAGGAAGGUCAGAAGGCACUCCUAAAAUGGGUCCUGGAGAAAAAAAUUAAGUACCACGAACACAUCACUGAAGGAUUUGAGAACAUGCCAGCAGCUUUCAUUGGAAUGUUAAAGGGAGAAAAUCUUGGAAAAGCCAUUGUAAAGGUCUGAAGGUCACAUAUCCUGUUCCUGAGAGAUUGGCACAGCGGGAUGUGAUUCUACUUAAUUAAGUGCUUUUGCCUAACUAUUCAAAAGACAUGUUUCUGUCUCUUCGCUGGAUGUUUUGUGAUGAUAACUUUUUAAAAUAAUUUUAAAUGAGAGCAGGUAUUUUAGCUUUUGAGGAACUUGAGAAUUGUUCCCCAAAGCUAUAUACAAAGGCUUAAAAUUACUGAACCUCUUGCUGUGCAUUAGAAAACCAUAAUCACAACUGUAACAGUUUAAAUCAAAUUUCAUCAGAUUUUAUUUGAACCAAAUUUAAGUUGACUUGUAGAAAAGAAAAUGUAGUUCCAAAGGCUUUGCCUGUUGAUGGCACAUCUGAUGACUAAUGUCUAUUGAUUUGCCUGGAAAUCAGCAAGAGGGGAUUAAGUUUUCUGACCACAAGCAAGGAGCAAGGAAUAGGCUAACAGCAGGCAGGGGCUCCCAGCUUGCUCAUAUGGCUGGCUUUCUUUUCUGUUUUGUUUUGUUUUAUUUUUGCUUUCAUCAGGAAACACAGAUAUCUCUACUAUUCUGAGAUUAUGGAAAUAAAAAAUAAAUCUAUUAAUUGACA